AAGCGGAAGCCGGAAGCGCAGUCCAGGGAGCGAUGGCAGCCGGUGGCGGUCUCAGCCGUUCGGAGCGCAAGGCGGCCGAGCGGGUCCGGAGGCUGCGGGAGGAGCAGCAGCGGGAGCGCCUCCGCCAGGUGUCACGCAUCCUGAGGAAGGCGGCUGCGGAGCGCAGCGCGGAGGAGGGCCGGCUGCUGGCCGAGAGCGAGGACCUGGUGACCGAGCUGCAGGGUCGGAGCCGGCGGCGUGAGGGCCUCAAGCGGCGCCAGGAGGAGGUGUGCGAUGACCCAGAGGAGCUGCGGAGGAAGGUCCGGGAGCUGGCGGGAGCUGUCCGGAAUGCCAAACACUUGGUGGUCUACACAGGUGCUGGGAUCAGCACGGCAGCUUCUAUCCCAGAUUAUCGGGGCCCCAAUGGAGUGUGGACGCUGCUUCAGAAAGGAAGAAGUGUGAGUGCUGCUGACCUAAGUGAGGCGGAGCCUACUCUCACCCACAUGAGCAUCACCCGUCUGCAUGAGCAGAAGCUGGUGCAGCACGUGGUGUCGCAGAACUGUGACGGGCUGCACCUGCGCAGCGGGCUCCCGCGCCCCGCCAUCUCCGAGCUGCACGGGAACAUGUACAUUGAGGUCUGCACCUCCUGCGUCCCUAACAGAGAGUAUGUGCGAGUGUUUGACGUGACCGAGCGCACUGCCCUUCACCGACACCAGACAGGCCGGACCUGCCACAAGUGUGGGACUCAGCUGCGGGAUACCAUUGUGCACUUUGGGGAGAGGGGGACAUUGGGGCAGCCUCUGAACUGGGAGGCGGCGACUGAGGCUGCUAGCAAAGCAGACACAAUCCUCUGUUUAGGGUCCAGCCUGAAGGUCCUGAAGAAGUAUCCCCGCCUCUGGUGCAUGACAAAGCCUCCAAGCCGGCGGCCCAAACUCUACAUCGUGAACCUGCAGUGGACCCCGAAGGAUGACUGGGCUGCCCUGAAGCUUCAUGGGAAGUGCGAUGAUGUAAUGCAGCUCCUCAUGGAUGAGCUGGGCCUGGAGAUCCCCGUGUACAGCCGGUGGCAAGACCCCAUCUUCUCCUUGGCGACGCCCCUCCGUCCAGGUGAAGAAGGCAGCCACAGUAGGAGGUCACUGUGCAGAAACCGAGAAGAGGGCCCCCCUGCAGAGCAAGGUGCCCCGCCCACCUCAGCUCCCCCCAUCCUAGGCGGCUGGUUUGGCAGGGGCUGUGCCAAGCGCGCAAAAAGGAAGAAAGCAACCUAGCCUGGUGUGAACAGUAAACAACUGGCACUUUGCAGAUGGCGUUGACUCUUGUUCCGGGGCCUGUGUCACCGUGAAGGCUAGAGUGCCCCGCCGGAUCUAGUGAGAACUCUUUGAUGGCACUUCGCGGUGACCGUUUUUGGUAGCCAUUUGUCCUUGUGGGAAGCCCCCUUGCGCUGCUGCGAUCGCCCCACUGAGGGCUUGCCCUUCAAGGACACCUCCCUCCUCCUCACCCCCCGUGCAAAGGUGGCACCAAGGCCUUUGUGAGAGCAGAGUGCCGGCGUUCCCCGGCCUGGCCAGCAGAGGAGCCCGCCGCCGCCUUACCUCACUCCGGGCUAGUCUCAGGGCCUCCCUCUUUCUACCAGUUACUGCUGUGUUCACUUUAGGGAAACCUCCUUCUGUCUUGGGUGUGCGGCACAGGUGAUCUAAGCCUCCAGUCUGAACUAGUCUUAUUAAACACCUCUCCCCUGC